AUGUCCCAGGUCGCUUCUCAGAACCGUUUCGCCUUCCUUGGCAACGAUAGUGACGGCGAGGACAAGCCCAACGUCCCCGUUAAGACUGUCGACAAGGCUCCCGCCCGCACCACCAAGCGCAAUGUUGAACCUCAGCCUCCUGCUGCUCCUGCUCGCGGCACUGGUAACCGCCGUGGAGGGCCCCGUGGAAACGAAGGUGCUUUCCGCGACCGUGGUGCCGGUAGCGACCGCAAUCACGGCCGCUCUACCGAUGAGGCCCCUAGAGAUGGUCCUCGUGGAGGCUACGGCGCUCGCGUCCGUGGUGGCCGUGGCUCUCGCCGGGCCCGUGAUGGGGAAGACCGCCACACCACUCGGUCAGGUGUCCACGGAGGCUCUGAGAAGCAGGCUGCCCAGUCCUGGGGCGCCACUGAAGGCGAAGCUGAGCUGAAGGACGAGCAGGCUGGCGAGGCUAUUGCCCAGACGGAGAAGAAGCAAGCCCUUGCCGAGGAUGCCGCUGGCGAGGAACCUGUCGAACCCGAGGACAAGAGCGUCUCCUAUGCCGACUACCUCGCCCAGCAGGCUGUGAAGAAGCUCAGCCUCGGCGACUUCAAGGUCCGCGAGGCCAACGAGGGCAGCAAGCUCGACAAGAAGUGGGCCGGCGCCAAGGCCCUGGAGAAGGCCGAGGACGAGGACUUCAUCUCGGGCAACCACGGCAAGAAGCAGCGCGAGCGCGAGCGCAAGGUCAAGCAGACGCUCGACUUUGACCCCCGCUUCGUCGAGUCCGAGCGUGGCCGUGGUGGCCACCGCGGCGGUCGCGGCGGCCGUGGCGGACGAGGUGGUGAGCGCGGCGGCGAGCGCGGCGGCGAACGCGGCAGCGAACGCGGCCGUGGAGGCAGCUUCCGCGGCGGCCGUGGCGGUGCCGCUCCCAUCAACACCAAGGAUGAGUCCGCCUUUCCCAGCCUCGGGGGGAAAUAA